CCGCUGCCGCCGCCGCCGCCGGACCCGCGCCCGCCCCCGGACUCCUUGACGGGGCCUUGCGGUGCGGGCGCGACCCGGCCGCCGUGCGCUUCCCUGGGCAGCGGACCUGGUCCCCGCGCUGCCUCCACGCCGCUGACCCUCAAGGGGCUUGGACGGACUGCUGCUCCUCGCGCCAGCAGACGGCGAAUUGGGAAACUAAGCCCAGUUUUGAUCUUUUUAACCCUUAAGAGAAGAGGCGAGGCGAGAAGGGGGUGUGUGUCUGGGGAGGGCGAAGGAGCCGCGAACACCGCCUCUUAACUCUCACAGCCCCUCACAGCCCCGAGCGCGAACGACUGCAUCAGCUGCCUCCGGCCGGGAGCCGCCGUCACACGGCGAGGGGGCAGCGCAGCGCAGCGGCAGCUGCUGGCGGGCGAGCGAGCGAGCACGGCCUGGGAGGCUUCAGGUGCCCCCUCAACCGCGCCGGGUGGCUGCCGCGGGAGCGGGCCGGGGGCACCGGAGGCAGGCUCCGGCGAUGAAGCGGCUUCCCCCGUGGCUGGUGCGGGCCGGUGCCAGGGUCCAAGGACAAAGCAGCGAAGCGCUGGUGGCGCCGCUCCUCGGGCUGAGGGGGGGGCAUGCACCUGCAUAGCCCGCCGGGCCUUGGCUCUCCCCCGCGCGCCUCAACGCCUCAACUCCGCCGCUUCGUCGUAGCCUGCUCCGGAUUUACUAGAAGCCAUUUUGUCUCCCCCACCCCUCCCCUCCCCUCCCCUCCCUUCCCCUCCCCUCUGCCCUCCCCGCCCCCUCGACUUCCCCCUUUUGUUAAUUAAAACUAAGAAGUAAGAAUGGCAACGACGUGGCCGGCUCCGGUGGAGAACGCUUAAGGACACCACUCCAAUCCCUUCCUUCCGAGAUGGAAAGAGGAGCUCCUAGCUCAUUUAAGCCGGGGUAGGGCUGGUUCUCCUUUCCGAGCCAAAAUCCCAGGCGAUGGUGAAUUAUGAACGUGCCACACCAUGAAGCUCUUGUGGCAGGUAACUGUGCACCACACCUGGAAUGCCGUCCUGCUCCCCGUCGUCUACCUCACGGCGCAAGUGUGGAUUCUGUGUGCAGCCAUCGCCGCUGCCGCCUCUGCCGGGCCCCAGAACUGCCCAUCCGUUUGCUCGUGCAGUAACCAGUUCAGCAAGGUGGUGUGCACCCGCCGGGGCCUCUCCGAGGUCCCUCAGGGUAUCCCCUCCAACACCCGGUACCUCAACCUCAUGGAAAACAAUAUCCAGAUGAUCCAGGCCGACACCUUCCGCCACCUCCACCACCUGGAGGUCCUGCAACUGGGCAGGAACUCCAUUCGGCAGAUCGAGGUGGGGGCCUUCAAUGGCCUGGCCAGCCUCAACACCCUGGAGCUGUUCGACAACUGGUUGACAGUCAUUCCCAGCGGGGCCUUUGAGUACCUGUCCAAGCUGCGGGAGCUCUGGCUUCGCAACAACCCCAUAGAAAGCAUCCCCUCUUAUGCCUUCAACCGGGUGCCCUCCCUCAUGCGCCUGGACUUGGGGGAGCUCAAGAAGCUGGAGUAUAUCUCUGAGGGCGCUUUUGAGGGACUGUUCAACCUCAAAUACCUGAACUUGGGCAUGUGCAACAUUAAAGAUAUGCCCAAUCUCACCCCCCUGGUGGGGCUGGAGGAGCUGGAGAUGUCAGGGAACCACUUCCCUGAGAUCAGGCCUGGCUCCUUCCAUGGCCUAAGCUCCCUCAAAAAGCUAUGGGUCAUGAACUCACAGGUUAGUCUGAUUGAGCGGAAUGCUUUUGAUGGGCUGGCCUCACUUGUGGAACUCAACUUGGCCCACAAUAAUCUCUCUUCUUUGCCCCAUGAUCUCUUCACCCCACUGAGGUACCUGGUGGAGUUGCACCUACACCACAAUCCCUGGAACUGUGAUUGUGACAUUCUGUGGCUAGCCUGGUGGCUUCGGGAGUACAUCCCCACCAAUUCUACCUGCUGUGGCCGCUGUCAUGCUCCCCUGCACAUGCGUGGCCGCUACCUGGUGGAGGUGGACCAGGCCUCCUUCCAGUGCUCUGCCCCCUUCAUCAUGGAUGCACCUCGAGACCUCAAUAUCUCUGAGGGUCGAAUGGCGGAACUUAAGUGUCGGACUCCCCCUAUGUCCUCCGUGAAGUGGCUGCUGCCCAAUGGAACAGUGCUCAGCCAUGCCUCCCGCCACCCAAGGAUCUCUGUCCUCAAUGACGGCACCUUGAACUUUUCCCACGUGCUGCUCUCAGACACUGGGGUAUAUACAUGCAUGGUGACCAACGUGGCGGGUAACUCCAACGCCUCGGCCUACCUCAAUGUGAGCACGGCCGAGCUCAACACCUCCAACUAUAGCUUUUUCACCACUGUCACAGUGGAGACCACCGAGAUCUCACCUGAGGAUACAACGCGCAAGUACAAGCCUGUUCCUACUACAUCUACAGGUUAUCAGCCGGCAUAUACCACCUCUACCACGGUGCUCAUUCAGACCACCCGUGUGCCCAAGCAGGUACCCGCAACAGACACCAAUGAUAAGAUGCAGACCAGCCUGGAUGAAGUCAUGAAGACCACCAAGAUCAUCAUUGGCUGCUUUGUGGCAGUGACUCUGCUAGCUGCCGCCAUGUUGAUUGUCUUCUAUAAACUUCGGAAGCGGCACCAGCAGAGGAGUACAGUCACAGCCGCCCGGACAGUUGAGAUUAUCCAGGUGGAUGAAGACAUCCCAGCGGCGGCGUCUGCAGCAGCAACAGCAGCUCCAUCCGGUGUAUCAGGUGAGGGGGCAGUAGUGCUGCCCACAAUUCAUGACCAUAUUAACUACAACACCUACAAACCAGCACAUGGGGCCCACUGGACAGAAAACAGCCUGGGGAACUCUCUGCACCCCACAGUUACCACAAUCUCUGAACCUUAUAUAAUACAGACCCAUACCAAGGACAAGGUACAGGAAACUCAAAUAUGACUCCUCCUCCCCCCAAAAACUUAUAAAAUGCAAUAGAAUGCACACACACACACACACACACACACACAAGACAGCAACUUUUGUACAGAGUGGGGAGAGACUUUUUCUUGUAUAUGCUUAUAUAUUAAAUCUAUGGGCUGGUAAAAGAAACAGAUUAUAUUAAAAUUUAAAAACAAAAAGUUAAAACAAAACUAUUUUCUAACUUGUAAGUUCUAUUUAAAGGGGGAGUGGGGUUCUUGGGAACGUUGUGGGGCAGAAGCCACAAGUCAACUUGCUAUGAUGCCAGAAGGGAUUUCUGAUCUAAGGUCGAAACUAAGAUGAACUAAAACAACAAACAUCCCUAAAGAGGCAGGGUGUGGGCUGCUGAAGGGUGCGGAUGGGGUGGGGGGCAGAUGGUCAUUUUUUAGAAGAUGCUUCAUAGCAUACAGGACUACCCAUUUCUAGAGACACCUUUCUUAAGCUGAGAGCUGUCUUUGCAAAUUUCUCUUAUUUUAAAAAUACAAAAAAAAAAAAAAAAAGAAAAAAAAAAAAAAGAAAGCACCAAGAAUUUGUACUGUGCUAAGUGUUGCAAGGCAAUAAUUUUUUUUCAUCAGAGGCCAAGGGGAAGAUAGACUUGUAAAUGUAUUUUAAACAGGAAAACCACUAAACUUCAAGUGACUCCUUAAAGGGGCUCAGUCCUUCCGUCUGUCUGUGUGCACAAGUCUCCUUGGUUUGUGCACUGGGACACGCGUGCGACCCGCCUGACAGUGCACCUCAGGAGGGAGCAGAGAAGGAAGGGAGCUGGCGUAGCUCUCAAAUGCUUUCCCACUGCACCAGAUUCCUGCAGAUGGGUUUAACCCACUCUCUGCAAGGCAUGUGUCUAUUCAGGGUUUCCCUUGAGGGAGGAGGCCCCUGAAGGGGGUGCGGCAGCAGAGGGGGGACAGGAAAAGAGAGCAGGAGUAGACAGAAUGGAUUCAUAGGAAGCCAGAGAUUAGCAUUGUGCUAUGUCCACCUGUUGUUCCUGGUAUCUGACAAAUGAUUGUAGACAAUGAUGGCAUUUUAUGAUUUUGCUUUUUAUAAAGAUUUUGUUUGUUUUAAGGUGGAGAAGGAAGAGAGGCUGGGAUUGGGGAGCUUGGGGGAGUGGAAGCUUUUCUCAUGCUUGUGAUUUGGUGACUAUUCUAAAUGCUGAUUCAUUAGGGAUUAUUACAGCUGAUGUCAACUGGUUGUGGCGGUGGGGUGGGGGCAAAACACGGGUGGAGAGAGUAAAAGGGCACAGGCUCAUUUAAAGUACAAUGAAGCCUUGACUCAACAGGAUGGUUCACAAAAAAGAUGUGAGAUACACAGUUAAAACAAAAGUGAUACACAUGCACACAAGAAGUGAGUUCUGCAAGGAGUCCUGUUGAAUGUAGUGGAAUGGGGGGAAGGCUUCCCUCUUCCAGGCCUACCUCAGGAGGAGGUGGAGGAGAAAGGGAAGGGUGUGGGUGGUGAAGGCAGAGAUCUCUGUUAUUCUGGUCCAUUUAAUGCUGUAACUUCUUUCAUUUAUUAUUUUAGCUUUAAAAAGAAAUAAAGGGUUCAGAUUUG